CUAACAUUAUCUAUAACACUCAGUUUGUUAUAUGUGUGUGUUCCCGAUGAUUUCAUCAGUUCAAAUUGACCUCUGCAUGUUAUUCAGACUCAGAAGAAGUCACGCUGAGCUCCUGGCUGCAGUUCCUUCAGCCUCCUACAGAGGGAGCCACAGUGUCCGGCACAAAACCCACGCAGCAGCAGCAGCAGCAGCAGUAGUAGCAGCAGCACAGUAACAAGUGCGGUGCAGUCGACCUGAGAGGAGCGGACGCUGUACCGCCGUCGUGAGGAAAACACCGCACAGAUGAAGGGACCGUCGCGGAUAACUGUCACAUAUUCUUCCAUUUGAUUAUUGCUACAUAUCAAACAACCCAUCCCUCCUUCCUCGCACCGGGAUCGCGCCGUCGCUGUGGGUCUUUCUUUCGGAGGGCUUGCCUGUUUUUCCUCCGGGAGGCUGAAUGGAAGCAGCAGCCGAGGGAGCGGUCGGGCUGUCGGAGGCCAGGGACGGGAGCCCGCUAUCCGGGGACGCAGCAUCCGAUGAUGGGGACACGGUCGUUGGAGUCAGCUACGGCAUGGACGCCUCAGACAUGGAUGCUGCUGCUAGGAAAGCCUUCAUCACGGAGAUGCCCUCAUCCUCCGGCCAGCCUGGUCAGGGAAAGAAGAUUGGCCACAGAGGGGUGGAUGCAUCAGGGGAAACUACUUACAAGAAGACCACAUCCUCAGCCUUGAAAGGUGCCAUCCAGCUGGGCAUCGGUUACACAGUGGGCAACCUGAGCUCCAAGCCUGAGAGAGAUGUGUUGAUGCAGGACUUCUACGUGGUGGAGAGCAUCUUUUUCCCCAGUGAAGGCAGCAACCUCACUCCAGCCCACCAUUUCCCGGACUUCCGCUUUAAGACAUACGCUCCGGUGGCCUUCCGCUACUUCAGGGAACUGUUUGGCAUCAGGCCGGAUGACUACCUGUACUCCUUAUGUAAUGAGCCUCUGAUCGAGCUGUCCAAUCCUGGUGCGAGUGGCUCGGUCUUUUAUCUGACGAGGGACGACGAGUUCAUCAUCAAGACUGUGAUGCACAAGGAGGCUGAAUUCUUACAGAAACUGUUGCCUGGAUACUACAUGAACUUGAAUCAGAACCCUCGCACUUUGCUGCCCAAGUUUUUCGGCCUCUACUGUGUCCAGUCGGGCGGGAAGAACAUCCGCGUGGUGGUGAUGAACAACGUCCUUCCCCGCGUAGUUCGCAUGCACCUCAAAUACGACAUGAAGGGCUCCACCUACAAGAGGCGAGCAUCCAAGAAGGAAAGAGAAAAAGCCAGGCCCACUUUCAAAGACCUGGACUUCAUGCAAGACCUGCAGGACGGACUGAUGCUGGACCAGGACACUUACAACGCGCUGGUCAAGACCCUACAAAGGGACUGCCUGGUGCUGGAAAGCUUUAAGAUCAUGGACUACAGUCUGCUGCUCGGGGUUCACAACAUGGACCAGGCGGAGAGGGAGAGGCAGAUGGAGGGCUCCCAGGGCGGCAGCGACGAGAAGAGGCCCGUGGCCCAGCAGAAGGCCCUGUACUCCACCGCCAUGGAGUCCAUCCAGGGGGGAGCCGCCUGCGGAGGGACCAUCGACACUGACGACACGAUGGGCGGUAUCCCAGCUGUGAAUGGAAAAGGGGAGAGACUUCUUCUCUACAUUGGAAUCAUCGACAUCCUGCAAUCCUACAGGCUGAUCAAGAAACUGGAGCACACGUGGAAGGCUUUGGUUCAUGACGGGGACACUGUUUCAGUCCACCGGCCAGGCUUCUACGCCGACAGGUUCUUCAAGUUCAUGAGCAGCGCCGUUUUUAAGAAGAGCUCCUCUCUGAAGUCAUCUCCAUCCAAGAAGGGUCGCGUGUCAUUGUCGGUGCCUAAGUGUGCUGGUCCUGGUGCCGCCUGGUCAGCCAGCCAGCUGCCCUCUGAGAGAGACGAGAACAUUUACGACCUGAGAGGAGCUCGCAGCUUCCCAACGCUGGAGGAUGAGGGGCGAACAGAUCUUCUUCCAUGUACUCCUCCCUCGUUUGAAGAAGCCACCACAGCGUCAAUUGCCACCACUCUCUCUUCCACCACCUCUCUGUCCAUCCCCGAGAGAUCCCCCUGUGACACCGCCGAGCACCCCCGCUACAGGAGGCACACCCAGUCCCUCAGCCAUGACGGGAGGACCCAGGAGGAGCUGCGUGUGCGUGAGGAGGAUCAGCAGACCAUCACGGUGGAGGUGGAGUUAAAGAGACACGACAGUGAGCCCACCAUCUCUGUUCCACAGUCUUCACCGGAGUCCAGUGAGCUUCAGGAAGGAGGUGGCGCAGAAGCCGCCGGUGCCGCUGCAGCAGCACCCUCCGGUUCUUCGUCAGCACCUGAAGCAGCCUCCUUCUCGUCUGCCACAGCUGCGCCGUCUUCUCCCGGAGCAGCCAAUGAAGCCCCCUCCAGUCCCAAGGUGGUGGUGGAGGCAGACAGGGCCAGCCAGAUGUCCGGCUCAGGGUGCACCAGCCAGGCCUCAGUCGAUGAUGAAGAUGACGUGCCAAUCACAGAUAUCUACUUUCCUCAAGACGACAGGACCUGGGUGUACUCUCCGCUACACUAUGGCUCAGAGUCAAAGGCCCUGCCAGAUGGGGAUUGGGAAAGAGAGACAUAAACCCUGUUCUCCGGCAGAGAGGAGCCAACGUCUCAGUGGACUCAUCGGUUCUGAAGUCCAGAUCUCAGUGGUAGCAGCAGGAUCUCUGUCUGAACCAGGAUUUUAAACAUGCAUACAGAAACUGAACACACUUGAGGGGAAAAGUGACUGACAGUGAUGAAAUCACUGAUUUCCAACCAUCCCUGCCUUUCACCCUUGACAAAAAGAAAAUUAUAUCGAUUUAAUAAUAAUGUGUAUGUGUGACAUACAGUAGUGCGUGUACGGCUGUAGUCUUAAAUGUUUGACUUACAUGACAGACCAUAGUAACUUACUGUGCCUAUGAAAAGUAUUCACCCACUUGGAAGCUUUCAUAGCUGCAUUAAAUCCUAUUUGAUUCAAUGUUAUAAGACAAUAAUACAUGAUAACUUUCAAGUGGGGUGAAUACUUUUUAUAGGCAUUGUACAGUAUGUUCUAGUUCAUACACGCACAGCCCUCUAACUCUGCAGAGCAGCACACUGCCAUCAACCCUCCUUGGUACUGACCACCCUCACUUGGCAUUCAGCUUUCUUUCAACAACUAAAAGAGACACACAAAAACAGUUAGAUGAUAACCUUCAUGACAUCUAGUCACCUUUGGGUUAACAGCACGUGUAGGUUUCAGUGUGCUGAGUGAGGAGGGGGCGGUGGGGCCUGUGCUGUUUGUGCUCAUAGAACUGGAGUUACAAUGAUAACCAUCUUUCAAUCAAAACAGACAUCUAGACUCUGUCGUCCUCACAUUUCCAGUAGUGGUUUUAUGCAGUUUAUUUUAUAGAGGAAAUACUUAAAACACAUUAUUUCAUUUAGUGAAUAAAUACAGUGAUCAGAAGUUGUUUAAUUCAUAGCAUAAUAUUGUAUUUAUAUGAAAUGUCUUUUUGCAACAUUUUUUAUUUCUGAACUUCUUUUACUACCGUGAGCUUUUAUUUAUUUGUGUCUGUUUGUAUUUUUAUUCUAAUCUUCACUGUUUUUUCUUUUGGUUGUUUGCUUUUUCUAUUUGCAUCCAAAGAACUUUUCAUUUUUGUUUUGAUAAUUCCAUCCCUGCAGCUUUUUAGUUUUGUUUUUACAUGUGUUUGUCGUGUCAAGUCAGUGUCACCACUUUUUUCACUACACUUGUCUAGAAAUGGCCGAGGCUUAUGACUCCUGGCUUCAAAAACAGAAGGCAUCAAUUUGCAACACUAAGGCAGCAGACAUUGUCAGUCAUUAUACAUUCACAUCAUUGCAAUGUCUUCCAGUGUUGCCCUAUUUUUGGACAGAUGCACACAAAUCAUAUAUAACAAUAGAAAUUCAUAUUUUAUUUUAGGGGAAAAAAUAAAAGCAUAUCAGUGACAGUUGCUAAUAUCUGGUCGUCCUCACCUCCUCACAAUAAGAAAAAUCCAUUGACUGGACAUUUCAAAUGUUUGUAGAUGUAAAGCAUCAGUUGUGAGUAUUUGCAGUUGAUAUCGUACCUGUUAUCUGUAUAUUUGAAUGAACACAGUAUGUUGCAGUGUUGACUUGGUGACACACAGCAGUUUGUAAAUGGGUUGAAUGUUGUUUGCACUUAUCAACAGGACCUGAAGAUGAAAUAGUGAUAGAGGCCAAAUAAAACAUCACAUUAUCUUCAUUUAUGCUCACACAGGCUGAUAUUUAGGCAGCAGCAUUUCUUUUUAGGAUUAUCAAGUGUGUGUGUGUGUGUGUGUGUGUGUGUGUGUUGGUGAAGUCAAUCACAGUCAUUGUAGGGUUAGUGUUUACUGUAGUCUCUGUGGCUGACAUCUAAGGACUCUCAAGUUAAAAGUUCAACAAACUGAUUUUUUUAUCUAACUUCAGAAACUGUAUCUUCAGUCGGUCGGUGUUUCUGUGUGUUAGUGUGUAAGGAAGGACACAUCAAUGUCAGACAUUGUGAAAUAGAAAUCAGUUUGUUCCCAUGACGUGCAGUGGCCAGUUGUAAUCAGUUUGCUGUUGUUCAUCAGAUGGAAACCAUAGCAGCAAUAUUUUGUAAAGUCUAGCUUUUAAGUUGUUAUUGCCUUAUUGAGAAAUUCUACUUGUAGGCCUUUCGUUUAUAUAUUUUUUUCACUCGUGCUGUUGUAUUUAUUUUUCUUUGUCAUAGUUGUGCUCCUGAGAAUGUGUACAUAAAAUUAUAAAUACAUAUAUAAAGAUAUACAAAUAUAUUUUCCAUUUGAAUCGGAGAAUAUUAUUUUUAUUUGGUUUUAUUUUUGCUGCUGGGCAAGAAAUGAUUGCAAUCUACAUAAUUUACUGUACCAUAUUCUUCAGUGUGUUUAUUGAGAUGCAGCUGCUGUAUAUUUAUGGUCUAUAAACCACAGCUGUUUCUUUGUAAGAUAUCCAACAUUGAGAGUUUGUGGGUUUUACUGUACAUGCAAAUCAAUAGGGAUUCUUCCAACUGUUCAGCUGUGUUGUGUAUGUGUUUUCAAAUCGCUGUGUGCCCUCAUCCAAUAGGGAGAGUCCUUUACAGAGACAUAGCAUGAUUUCAAAAUGAAUAUGCAUAUCAGAAAUGUGUAUUUAUGUAUAUCUGUGUAUAUUCAUCUAUUUAUACGUGAGGAUAAAUAGAUGGCUGUAUGUGUGUGUGUUUUGACUCAAUCAGAAUGAAUACAAAAUAAAGCAGUUCUAUGAAUUGUUGUUCAUGGAGAUAAUGUCA